AUGUUUACACAAAGCGCCAUCGUCGCGCUGCUCGGUGCCGCUUCAUCCGUUGCGGCUGAUGUAUACACCGUUCCUUCUCAGCCCAAUGCCAAUGGCCAGCCCCUUGAUGGCUUCGUGAGCUACUCCAUUGAGUUUGCCUCAUUCCCUGACUUUGCCGGUAACAAGUCGUCCCCAAACUUGUUCUCAUACAACCUCAUCAACAAUCUCGGACUUCUUCAAGGCCACAAGCCAUAUAUUCGUGUCGGUGGUAACACCCAAGAUUAUGCGCUCUACAAUGCCUCACAAAAGGCAUCCUUGAUCGGUAUCGUCGACCCUAGCAGAUCGCCCGACUACCCAACCACCAUCCACAUUGGCGAUGCGUACUUUGAGUCGUAUGGCACUUGGCCCGGUGUUCAAUUCUCUCACGGAUUCAACCUCGGCCUAGGCGCCAACAGGUCAGAGGGAUGGGAGACCCUCGCCGACACGGUCCCCUUGGCUUGCAAAGCUCUUAGCCAUGGGAACAUAUACACCUGGGAGUAUGGCAAUGAGCCUGAUCUCUUCUCAACGUCCGCUCAGGGCCCUGUACGACCCUCGAACUGGAACGAGAGCACCUAUGUUUGGCAGUGGCAGAACGGCACGGCCGAGAUCAAGAAGCAGGUCCAAAAGCACUGCCCAUCCUUGACUCUCUUUGGGGGCCCCAAGUUUAUGGCACCUUCUUUUGCUGGCACUGGCAAUCACCUCAAGGCACCCCUGGCCUUCCAGGACGGUCUUGACAAGAACCAGGACAUCGAGUAUUUCUCAACUCACAACUACAUCAGCGGCGCCACUUCUCUCGGUGUCACCCUGCAAGGUACCCUGAUGAACCACACCAGGACCGUCAGCUCUGUGCAGGGCCAUCUCCCCGAGUACAAUGCCAUUUUCAGCACUGCUCAGGCACAAAAGGAGACUCCUCUCAUCUUUGGCGAGUGCAACUCUCUCUACAACCAAGGCAGACCUGGUCUGUCCAACACUUUUGGUGCCGCGCUCUGGGGCAUCGACUUCAACCUGUACGCCGCUUCGGUGGGUUUCAAGCGCGUCCACAUGCACAUGGGCACCAACUAUCGUUACCAAGCUUGGCAGCCUAUUGAGACGGACCUGGCCUCCAGGGGCACCAAGGCGCCUUACUACGGCAGCAUCACCGUCGCCGCCACGCUGGGCAACUCCCUUCUCCCCGUCAGCAUCUCCAACAUCCCUCUGCCCGAUGCUCGUGAAGCCGCCUACGCAGCUCAUUACUCAAGCGGCCUGCUCAAGGGCCAUCUCGCCCGCCUCACCGUCCUCAACCUGCGCGGCUACAACACCACCGUCGACGGCCAGGGUCUCGAGUCGGUCCCCAACCCUCCCCCUCGUCCCAGCCAGACGUACACUUUCGCUGUGAGCGGCGCCCGUAAUGGAGCGCUUGUUGGCGUGCAGCGUCUCCUAGCCAACGGAAGUGAUGCCAUUACUGGCAUUACUUUUGAUGGCUGGAGCUACAACUAUGAGCUUGCACAUGGCCUGCCUGUGCGACUGCAUAAUGUGACAGUGGGAGAGACUGCCGUUGUGAAGAACGGAAAGGUUACAGUUGAAGUGCCGGAUUCGUCGGCAGUUUUGCUCAACUUUCCUCUCCUGUAAGGGUGAUGAGUUAGAUGGUAUUUACGAGAUAGAUGCAUGAUUUAUGAAUAAUGUGUGUUAUGCUCU